GUCUUGAACUUGAAUUGUAAGAUCUUACUUAUCCGAAUAAAGAUGGUUCGAAGUCAACCCUAGCUCAUCUCCAUAAUUAUUGUGGUAUUGUGAUACUUCUUGAACCCUCCCAUUAUUAAUUGUUUCCUCUAAUACAGUAGCCAUCAUGGCACCCUUUUAUCCUGUCACUAUCUGCAGGUCUGAUGGUCAGUUAGAAGUCAUUACAAAGACAGGAGUCAAAGAAUUGAAUCAACCAACACCAACGCAAUUGAGCGAUAAAGAGGAUGCGGAAGGGAAUGUCGAUUGUUAUAAGAAGCUCGAAUAUGACGAACCGAAAGCUGUAGAUUGGAGGAGAAAGAUUGGUGGCAUGUUGAUGCAUUAUUUGGGUGGAAAGGAGCAUUCUGGUAAUUCAUACCUUAAUCCCAAACUCUUUCAUCAAUAACUAACGUCACUGCAGAUAGAAAUUACGUACUCAAAGAUCUGCCCGAAGGAUAUGUUUUGUGGGAACACCUCAAAUAUAAUAAGAAUAAAUUAGAGGCAGAACAGAAGAGGGAAAAGGGCAAACACGCAGCUGGAGCAUACGAACGACAAGAUACUUAUUUAUACGGACACCCUCAAGGCCGAAAGAAGAGAUAUCGAAGUCCUGCAGAUUUCUUUCCGCAUGUACUUUGGUUGAGUACAGAUAAAGAUGGCGACCCAAGGAAUUGUUCCUGCAAAGUCUGUUCGCCAUUCGGGGAGGAUGAUACACAAGAAGAUACACCCAAACAGGACAGCGGGGCAGUGUCGAAGAAGGAAGUAAAUAAGGCAACCAUACCAGUUGUCAGCACACCCCAAUUGAAGAAGGAAGCGAAGAAGGAUAGCAUGCCGAUUGUCAGCACACCUCAAAAGUCUGUCUCUACUUCAGCGUCUGCUUCAGGGUCCGCAGUUUCAUCUUCUGGAUCUUCAAAGCCACCUUCUCAGCCCAUUUUAUCGAUUCGAUCGCCAGAACAAAGGCUCGAUAGCGAUCCUAAUAGUGGAUUCAUCUAUCGCACUGGAGAGUUGGUCUGGUUUAACAGAGGGCAUGCUUGGGGUCUUGCAGUCAUAUCGAAACGAAGAAUUGAAAAUUUUACAGCUCAAUAUUUGGUUCAACCACUCUCUCAUCCAAUUACACAUCCCGCCGCUCAAAUUAAUGAACAAGAAUCCAUUAGGCCUUGGCUUGCUUGGAGCGUACCGCAAACCACGAUUAGUGCCCUAAAUAAUCUUCCUUAUGACGAGGUCCCUUGGGAUCGUAUAAUUCGAGGCGAAUAUGGUGGAGGAGAUUAUCAAGUCGAUGGUAGCAUCUUGGCCGCGAAAGUCAUCGACGGAAGUUAUUCUCUGUUCGACAGAAUAGAAAAGGCUCUGGCUUCUUCCGGAGAAGUCCAUUACAAUGGAAUGUUUCUUGGAGCCGAAAAGAUUUGGGUUGGCGAGCCAGUUCGUCUGCGCGUGGAAGGGGAUGCAAUUGUGGUCCUCGUCAUUCAAAAGCUCAUUGAACGUACCGUUCAGCCAAAUCCUCUUCUGACUAUAGUAACCUUCCUGGGUGAUAUUUACAAAUUCGUCGAGAUGCCGAUGCCUUAUAGCAGUCGUUCUCAGUGGCCUACACCUGACUUACCUGCUCGAAUGGUGGCAGAUUUACGAUUCCGCAACGAGGUAGCAGAUAAUGCCAAAAAACGUACUUGGUAUGAAUGGCAAUUACUUGAACCAGCAGCCCGUCGAGGCUUGGCUGAUGUCAAAGGUCGUUGGUACGAGACACGGCUUCUAUUACCGGUUCUGAGAGGGUUGGAAGCAUACCAACUUGGUAUAGGACGAGGUGAAACUAGUGAUGCUAGUUUGUGGAUGAAUGGAAGAGGGGAUACUAUUGGAGGAACUGGAAAAAGACAGAAGAAUAGGAGAAUGACUCUGAGUAAGUCAGUUCCCGAUGACUUCAAGGUGGGAAGAGGCCUGGAUGGCCCUCCGGCUGAUAAUUUGUUCCCGGAAACCACUGUUCCGCCUCCAAGUGUUGUUAUACCAGAUAUCGAUCAAUUUAUGGAUCUCGAUGGUGUGGGAACUUCAAGUGGAUAUAAUGUCUGAGAUAGGAAAGAUUGUGCUGCGUUUGCUGCUAUUUAUUGCGUGGAUAGUUACUAAAAGGCGUUUACAUGGUGGGUAUGUGAAAAUUUACGAUAGAUGAGAACAGGAUACCCCGAAUAUGGAACGGGCGUAAACGGCAUAGCAAAAUGUAGGUAAUAUUGAUAUCACAUUUCAAUUUCGAUUCCCAUAAUCUGCGAUAUGCAACGAU